AUGAACUUGCCUCCUAGCGACCCUCCCUCGGAAAAUACAGAAAGAGGUAGCGACACAGCAAUGGCCAUUGUGCUUGGUAGCAUUUUUGUCGUUGCUGUACUCUUCAUGAUUUUAUGCAUCGUAUGGAGCGUCUUUUGGAGGAGACGCAGGAUGGCGGCCAUAGAGUCCAGAAGAAGACGGCAUUAUCCCGAAGUGGAGGCGGUGCCACAAAACGUCACCGGCGGGGAUGUGGAAGGGGCGCUGCUGGUCGGAGAGGACAACCGCAGUAUUCUUGAAAACGCGAGUGUCGUUUUGACGCGUGUGCGCUCGUUGUCGCCGUCUUUAAGCCUCCUUUCGGCCACGAAAGAGGGGGAUUCGGGGGAGUUGACAGUUGAUGCCGUCGCCCUCCGUGGCGAGAGCGACGAAGUGCGAGUUCCGCAGAGUGGUGAGGGAGGCGCGAAUUUGCUCCCGCAGCCCAGUCAACCGCGUACGUUUCGCCUGCCGAAGGAAAUUUACGACACCUCAACCAAUUCGGUGCGGAAGCUUUACGUGCGGCGACCAUCGGCGGCCGUCUACGGCUCGUCCGUUUAUAUCAGCAAGAACAAUUCCGUGGAACCGACAUCAAAUUACUGUGGAAGACCCCAAGAAUUGGCAGUGAGCGAGGAGGAGGGAAAAAAGGAAUGA